GGGAGUUGGACUGAGUGGCCUUUAAAGGUCCCUUCCCACCCAAACCAUCCUGUGAUUCUACUGCAGGAAUGCAGAAGUCCUCACUAGUUUACUCUUCUUUCAUACUGCAGUCCUGAAGGAAAUAAGAGAAGACUGAAAAGUGCACCUGUGGAGUAUUUUCAGAAAACUGGGGAGAUGAUGCUAAAAGCCGGUUUUGAUUUCACGGCUCCUUGUCAGAGGAGCACCCGCUCGAGGGUGAAAAGGUACAGCGCGAAAGCAGGAACUGUUUCAGAGAACGGGGAUUGUCACAGCCAAGUCCAAGGCCUCAGUGUGCAAAAUGGUGGAGAGGACAGAAUUCAAAACAUUCAGACUGGAAAUGAACACCUGGAAGACGUUACACCCACUCUGGAAAGCAAGGAUUUAAUCAUGAGGGGUAUAAACCCAGAGGAGUGUUUGAAAACCAAGAAAAAGGGGGCAGGGGGAAAAGGUGCUCAGAAUAAGAGGACUGGAAAGAGCUCAGAAAAGAGGAAUGGAGAUAAUACCCCAAAGAAAAGACAGAGAAGAGCGUGUAACAAACAGGAAACUGAGUGUGUUCAGAAGAAGUUCUGCGGGCAGAGGGAGGCGCGUGUUGCUGACAGCCGGGGCGCAGCUGAUCAGAACACAGACCCUGUGGGCACGGGAAGGACCCUGCUGGGGGUCUCCAGGUCGCGGCCGUGCCCACGGUCAGCGAGAGCUGGCGCGCAGAAGAAGAGCCGAGCAGGGCAGGAGUGUGUGGAGACAGGCUCUGAUGGCGCCUCAUCUGCAAAAUCUGAGGAGAAAACUGACGGAUUGAAAGUAGGGAAAGAGAUGGACCAAGGGAAUCCAGGUAACUGGGAUUUUAAAUCUGACACUGAGAGGGAUGCUGAGCUCCUGCAGCCAUGUGACAAAGGAGGAUUCACAGUGGUUAAAAUGCUGCCAGAAGAGUCUAUCCCACGAACACAAGUGGAGAGGAGGAAAACGAGUCCGUAUUUUUCAAGUAAAUACAGUAAAGAAGCUCCCAGCCCACCCAGAAGGAAGGCCUUCAGAAAAUGGACUCCUCCACGUUCUCCUUUCAAUCUGAUCCAAGAGACGCUUUUCCAUGAUCCAUGGAAACUUCUCAUUGCAACCAUAUUUCUCAAUAAAACUUCAGGUAAAAUGGCAAUCCCUGUGCUCUGGGAGUUCCUGAAGAAGUAUCCUUCUCCUGAAGUAGCCAGGGCUGCAGACUGGAAGGAGAUGUCGGAGCUGCUCAGACCUCUCGGCCUCUAUGAACUCAGAGCGAAAACGAUCAUCAAGUUCUCGGAUGAGUACCUGAGCAAGCGGUGGCGGUACCCCAUCGAGCUGCACGGCAUCGGCAAGUACGGGAACGACUCCUACAGGAUCUUCUGCGUCAACGAGUGGAAGGAGGUGCAGCCGCAGGACCACAAGCUGAAUGUGUACCACGCCUGGCUGUGGGAGAACCGGGAGAGGCUGAGCAUUGACUGAGGGAAGCCGCCACCGGGCUUGGUGCAGGGGGUGUCCUUGCCGUGUUGCUCAGAUCAUCAGGUUCUUAAUUCAAAUAUUGGUGUGGUGUACAUGGUGCAGCUCGUCCUUGUCAUUAAAUGUUUAAAAUACCUGUAUAUAUUUUUUUAAUAAAUGCAUACCCAUUUUUAUUACGGAA